UAAAUGACAUUUAUCCUGCACAUUCGCAUUGAAUGUGUAAUAAGUUGAAAUGUGAUCAUGUUCAGGUUUUGUAAACUUCGAUGCACCUGUUCCCCAUUUUUACCGUUUACCGUGGUUUAAUCAACUUAACAGCUGAUUACCAUGGAAACCCAGGAGAUAUUACAACGGAAUAUUGCGUUAUUGAACAGGUUUACGUAAGCCUUUCACUGUUUUGCUGCAUAUAUGGCGCAGUUGGUACCAAAUUGAAUGCGGAGUUUAUUCGUGUUGGGUGCAUAUGUUUGAUGUGGCUCAUGUAAAUAAGUGAAUUAAGAUUUAACUGUCAAAUCAAGAACGAUAUAUCGCAAAACCUGGUGAAUAGCAUAGGUGAAUAGUACCGUGACUUUGUUCUUUACCGGCUGAAAUUAAGACUUUGUCAAUUUUCUCGGCGAAACUGACAACAACAGAACAACCAUGUCGAUCCUAGAGAAAAUCGCGGAUAUUGAAAAUGAGAUGGCCAGGACACAGAAAAAUAAGGCCACCAGUGGCCAUCUGGGCCUGCUUAAAGCCAAGCUUGCUAAGCUCCGCCGCGAGCUCAUCACCCCAAAAUCAAGUGGAGGUGGCACUGGUGAAGGUUUUGAUGUCAGCAAGACUGGCGAUGCUCGGGUUGGAUUUGUUGGAUUCCCAUCUGUUGGCAAGUCCACCCUGCUAAGCAACUUAGCAGGUGUCUAUUCCGAAGUUGCUGCUUAUGAGUUCACAACUUUGACUACAGUGCCUGGCUGUAUCAAGUAUAAAGGAGCAAAAAUACAGCUUCUUGAUCUGCCUGGUAUCAUUGAAGGUGCAAAAGAUGGUAAAGGACGAGGUCGCCAAGUGAUUGCUGUGGCACGAACCUGCUCCCUCAUCUUCAUAGUGCUUGACUGCCUCAAGCCACUACAACACAAGAAGCUUCUCGAGCAUGAGCUGGAAGGCUUUGGUAUCAGGUUGAACAAGGAGCCUCCCAACAUAGUGUUCCGCAAGAAGGAGAAGGGUGGGCUGAAUUUCCAGGCUAUGGUGCCUCAGUCAGAGCUGGAUCUCGAUCUGGUCAAGUCCAUCCUCAAUGAGUACAAGAUCCACAAUGCUGACAUCACCCUGCGCUGUGAUGCCACUACUGAUGACCUCAUUGACAUCAUUGAGGGAAACCGUGUCUACAUCCCCUGCAUCUACCUGCUCAACAAGAUCGAUCAGAUCAGCGUGGAGGAACUGGACAUCAUCUACAAAGUCCCGCACUGUGUCCCCAUCUCCGCCCAUCACAAAUGGAACUUUGACGACCUGCUGGAGAAAAUGUGGGACUACCUUCAGCUUCUCAGGCUAUACACAAAGCCCAAAGGCCAGCUGCCAGACUAUGAAACCCCAGUGGUGCUUUCUCGCUCAAAGCACACGGUGGAAGACUUCUGCAACAAGAUCCAUCGGACCAUCAUUAAGGAGUUCAAGUACGCCCUGGUCUGGGGCGAGUCGGUGAAGCACCAGCCGCAAAAGGUCGGCAAGGAGCACGUGCUCUGCGACGAGGACGUGGUGCAGAUCGUGAAAAAGGUGUAACGGCCGGGCGCCGGCCACUCGCGCACGCCUGUCGCCUGAUGACAAUGAUGGAGACGUACGCUACCGGCUGUAUCGGUCUUCAGACUACACGAUUACGGCUGGAAAAUAAAAGGGUGAAUACCACAAA